AUGGAAGAGAUUCAAGAGCAGAUCCAAAUUGUACUUGCAUAUAUCGAUGCAACCUCUUGUGGAGAUCCUUCGUGGGCAAAACAUAUGAGCUAUCUCAGUCAUCUCAAGUACCGUUUACAUGAGCACACCGCUGACCCGGUUCUUCUUGAUGAUAGUAUCUCUAUCGGACUUGAAGCUAUCAGGGCCUCGAAAAAGGAUGAUCCAAAUCGAGGAGUUCGACUAUCUGCACAAGCAUCCCGACUUAAAGAGCGAUACUCCAUUUCAGGUGCCACAGAGGACCUAAAGGAGGCAAUCCGAUUAACACAUGAAGCGAUGCAACUUAUCCCUGACGACCACCCUAUGCGGGCUGCAGCCUUGAUUGACCACGGAUGUAUCUUACGUCUAGGUGGCUCGGUAGCGGACCUCGACGAAGCUUCGAUCGUGUUUGUAGAGGCUACCAGAAUUACUGAAGACAUCGAGAUCUUAUUUGCGGCUCAAAAGAACCUGGACACUAUUUUCUACGAGAAAUAUCGCCUAUCAGGAGAGGUGACUGAUUUGGAGCUUUCAAUCCGGUCCGCCCGCUCAGCUAUCAGCCUGUUGUUGGACGAUGAUAAACAGAAAGCUAUGCAUCUCGGGAGUCUAUUCCUUCGGCUGAGAGAUCUUUAUCACAAAACCCACACUUCGGAGGCUCUUGACGAGGCCGUCACAACUAUGCAGCGGGCCUUGGACCUGGCCCCAGAGGGCGAUCCAUACUAUGCAGUCACUCUGACAAACUUGGGAACGGCGCGCUUUGAUCGAUGGCAACUUCAUGGUGAAAGAGUUGAUCUCGAGGCCUCCAUCCAGCUCGUGAAGAGCGCUAUUGCACUACUUGCAAAUGAGGAUCCGCUGAAAGGUGUGGGUUUGCGUAACUUGAGUGAUCGACUGUAUCAAAGGUUUCGCAUCACCAGAGCGCUGGAUGAUAUAAGAGAGUGUGUCGAAGUAGGGCUCGAAGCGCUUGCUGCGACUCCGACGAACUACCCGGAAAGGGUGCGAUUUUCCAGUGAUAUUGCACUUCGACUAGCAGUUCUUUACCGACAAACGAGGGGUUUGACUGAACUGAAUGAAGCAAUUGAUAUGGCAAGACAAGCCUUGAGUAUGACGAGAGAGACAGAAUCGUGGUGGGGGCAGCUUGUUGACUAUCUCAAUUGCCUCCUAAAUGCGAGGUAUGCACGAGAAGGCGUGGUAGCAGAUCUGCAGGAAGCUGUCCAGCUCGCGGAACGGUGUAUUGAAAUGACUUGCAAGGACCAUAAAUCAUAUCCAGAGAGACUUAUGAACCUCGCGGAUUGCAUGUGGCAACGAUAUAGAUCUUUUGGAGUGGCGUCUGAUAUACACAAGGCUGUCUCGUUGGCUCGCGAAGCUUUGACUGGACUUCCCCGUGGCCAUGCAGACUGCGACAGGUUCAAGAGUUCUCUUGGAAGAUGGCUUGGUGACAUGUUUUUGGAAACAGGAUUGGACUCUGAUCUUGAAGUGGGUAUCCAGCUUGCAAGGGAGGCUUACAACGCAUCCCGGCCAGAUGAACAAAGCCAUUCAAACUACUCCAUAAAUCUUUGCGAACUUUUAUUCCUCGGGAGGGGAACUAGGAGCGCUGGGGGUGAUUCGAUCGACGAAGCUAUCCAAAUACUGAAGGGAGAAGUGCAUUCGAUGCCAAAGGACGACCCAAACUACCAUGUGCAGUUAAUGAAUCUCUCAACCUACCUUGGCACUAGAUAUCAGGAGCGCGAAGAGGAUUCAGAUCUAGAAGAAGCUAUCAGUUUUGCUCGGGAUGCUUCGCAUUCGGCGGAGAGCUCCUCUACCGACUACUUCGAGGCCCUCAACAAUAUUGGUACUCUCAUUGGUAUGAGACACGACAGAAGUAGGAAAGCUGUUGAUCUUGAGGAAGCGAAACAGGUGAUUUCAGAAGCUCUGCAAAGCAUUGAGACUAGCCAUUCACCCAGACCAAGUCUUUUGAACAACAUGGCGAAUCGUCUCAGGGUCCAAUUCUUAAUAACUGGGGACUUGGAUGCGUUGGAGGAUGCAAUACACUUAGCCCGAGAAGCCACCGAAACCGAGGUCAACAGAAGGAAUAAGAAAGCCCUCUAUACUCUUGGCACUCUUCUCGGAGAUAGAUUCAUUUCGACUGGGGAAAUUGCAGACCUCAACACAAGCAUCGAGAUUCUUGAGAGCGCCAUAGCAGACAUACCCGCAAACGAUCCGGAUAGGCCUGGCAUUCUUAACAAUCUUGGGAUUCGCUUUGGAGAUCGAUAUUAUCGAACUUGGGAAAUAGCCGAUCUCGACCGUUCUAUCCAGUACACAAGGGAAGCCGUAAGCAUGACGCCAAAAAGACAUGUCGAAUUCGCUGCGAGGUCACAAAACCUAGCUGCUCGGGUUGGGGACAGAUACAGAAGGAUUGGAAGACUGACGGAUCUUGAAGAUGCUAUUCGUAUUGGGAGUGAUCUUUUGACCUCUGAUUCUCUUGUCUCAAACCGUUCGGCAAUCCUGAAUAACCUUGGGAUAAGGUUAAAUGAUAAAUACUCAAGAACUGGGUUGUUUGAAGACCUGAAUAAUGCAAUCCAACAUGCGACAAGAGCUGUUGAUGUUCUGCCCCCUGACCACCUCGAACUGGCUGGGCAUCUGAAGAAUCUUGGAACUCUGCUCAACGAGAAAUACAUGAGGACGGCAGAUGCCGCUGACUACACCACUUGCGUGGAUAUUGGAGUGAGGGCACUUCAGGCCGCUCCGCUCGGCCAUUCGCUGCACUCUUCAUGUUUGAGCAACAUGGCCAGGCUCUUCUUUAUCAACUUCCAAAAGACGGGGGACCUGGCUCAGCUGGAAGAGUCUAUUCGGAUGUUUCGUGAGGCCGUUGAUUCAAGCCCUGAAGACCACCCAUUUCAUGCAGACCGACUGCUAUGCCUUGGGGACGUGUUGGCGGAGAAAUAUGUCAUUUCUAGAGAUCUAGCUGUUCUAGACGAGUCAAUCACCUAUGUUCGAUCUGCUUCUAGUCGGGCUAACGCUCCUCUCAACGUCCGAAUCAAAGCUAGCCGGCAGUGGCUGAGAAACCUUCUAGUCAGAUCGCAAUGGAGAGAAGCAUUCGAGGCUGCUGAGAAGGCGCUCGGACUGAUACCAGAGCUUGUCCUACGUUCCCUAGAUAAUUCGGAUAAGCAGCACCUCCUGGGCCAGGUGGCUGGUUUGGCAUGCGAAGCUGCUUCAACAGCAAUCAGGGGAGCCAAGUCCCCAAUGAAGGCUUUGAGAUUCCUGGAGAAAGGCCGUGGUGUUCUGGCUACGUCGAUCGAGGAUCUGCGAACUGAUAUUGUAGACUUACAGUCGAUUCAGCCAGAGCUGGUAGACCGAUUCCUUAAGUGCAAAGAGGAGUUUUACAGCAUUACCAACCGAGCCCAAGACACGUCCGUGUCAUCACAGGCCGGCCAACAAUAUGAAUGCGAGCGCCGCUUUGAUGCCGUGCUCAAGGAUAUCCGUACUACACCUGGGUUCGAAGAUUUCCUUCUAGAGCCGGAUGCAGCAAAGAUACGAGCUGCCGCACUCCAAGGCCCGAUUGUCGUCAUCAACAUCAGCAUGUUUGACUGCGGUGCUUUAGUCGUGGAUUCUCGUGGCGAGUGGGCUGUGAGCCUCCCACGUCUCACUAAGGAUGAUCUUGAACGCAGAGCCAGACUUGGUAGCGUUGGCAGUCUUGAAACUCUGGAGUGGUUGUGGGAUGCUGUUGCAAACCCCAUCCUGGACUACCUUGGCCUCACAAGCACGCCAAAAGACAAUAGCUGGACGCACAUAUGGUGGGUGCCUACGGGGGCUCUUUGCAAAUUUCCACUUCAUGCAGCUGGGUAUCAUUUGAGAAAGACAGGGGAGACGGUGAUGGAUAGGGCUAUCUCGUCCUACAGUUCAUCAGUGAAGACUCUGAUUCUAUCCCGUCGAGUUCCCAUCAAGAAGCCAACUCCACCAAAAGCGUUACUGGUUGCUAUUGAAAGUACACCUGGCUGCGCCCCUCUACCAUUUGCGCGUCAAGAAGUUGAGGCCAUUCGCGGAAUUUGCUCUUGUAUGGACUUGAACAUCAUCGAGCCUGAGAACAAACGAAAGGCAGACAUCAAACCUCAUCUGCAGGGAUGUAAUAUAUUCCACUUCGCUGGCCACAGCCAUACAGACGAAACCAAUCCAUCUUUGAGUCAUUUACUCCUCGAAGAGGGUCGGCAAAAUCCCCUGACUGUAGGCGAGUUGUUAGACAUGAAUCUUAAAAAGUCAUCCCCAUUUCUUGCUUAUCUUUCUGCAUGUGGAACUGGCAGAUUUAAAGAUGAGAAAUUCGCCGAUGAAAGUCUGCAUCUAAUAGGGGCUUGCCAAGUUGCUGGAUUUCGCCAUGUAAUUGGAACUCUUUGGGAAGUACAAGAUCGUUUAUGCAUGGAUGUUGCAAGGGGCAUUUAUGGUCGCAUCCGAGAUAAUGGUAUAUUGGACGAGUCUGUUAGCCAUGGACUUCACCAUACUAUCAGAAUGCUCCGAGAUAUCUGGCUGAGAAGUCGAACGGGAAGAACCACAGAAGCAUGGAAUAGAGAGAACCAUGAUGGAGGGAUUGGGCGUGCUCAAGAAACAGGUCUGGCUACUCGUGAACAGCAGCAAAGGCCGCGGGAUGUCGUUGCGGUGGAGGAUGAAGGAUAUGGCGACUUGUACUGGGUACCUUAUGUUCACUUUGGAGUUUGA